AUGGCUCCAGUCAAAAUCAAAUACGUUGUGUCUUUCACAUUUCAGGUAACAUCCAUGUUCUUUUAAAUUAAGGGAAAUAGGGAGUUACAAAACAAGCUGAGCUCAAAACAUCUAGUAUAUUAGUAGGCAAACGGCUAUUUAAAAAUAGUAAAAAGCUUUAAACGUUGAUUUAAAAAAUAAAAAAAAAACACCAGUUAAUAUCAUGUCACUAACUCAUCAUAUAACUGGCUCUUUUUGUGUUCCAAAUGGUAACCAGUUGAUUUUAUUAUUUUACUAGCAGUGCAAUGGGGAGCUUAGACCCAGAGUCUCACCACUAUUAGUUCUUGCCCUCUUCUGACUCUAGGACCUUCUGGCAUACGCAUUUUCAAAUUAAGGACUAUAAACUUGCAGUAAAAGAGAUCUGAGCAUCUUGAAAUGCCAGCUCCAGUGCCAAAUAGUGGACUGUGCAGUUCUGCAGCAAUCUAGUGGGUGCAGAGGGAUAAAUACCGUCCUGAGAAUAUAAAAAAGUAAGAGUCGUGUGCUGUGCUUCUCGCUCCUUUUCUGGGGCAGGAUCCCAAGUCCCCGGUGGAGAACCUGCUGCUUGAAGAAGGGGUUCGGCCCUGGCUCAGCUCUCCCCAGGACCGGAGCAGGCAACUGAAAGCAGAGCUGCAGUUGGACCACGCAAGCCGCAUUGGCUACAUUGAUGUGGGUAAGCAUGUGGGAGGAGGUAGCAAAGGAACCCCCUCUCUGGGAACAAAAGGGAUAGAGAGAAGUUUUUAUCUCUCUCUCAUAACACUGGAACUUGUUGAAAUCCAACGAACUGAAUGUUGAGAGAUUCAGCAAACAUUAAAGUACGUUUCCGAGCACAAUUCAAAGUGUUGGUGUUGACCUUGAAAGCCCUAAACGACCUCGGUCCAGUAUAUCUGAAGGACCGUCUCCACCCCCAUCAUCCAGCCCGGACACUGAGGUCCAGCUCCGAGGGCCUUCUGGCGGUUCCCUCAUUGCGAGAAGCGAAGUUACAGGGAGCCAGGCAGAGGGCCUUCUCGGUGGUGGCACCCGUCCUGUGGAACGCCCUCCCAACAGAUGUCAAAGAGAACAACAACUACCAGACUUUUAGAAGACAUCUGAAGGCAGCCCUGUUUAGUGAAGCUUUUAAUGUUUGAUGCAUUACUGUAUUUUAAUAUUUUGCUGGAAGCCGCCCAGAGUGGCUGGGGAAGCCCAGCCAGAUGGGCGGGGUAUAAAUAAUAAAAUUAUUAUUAUUAUUAUUAUUAUUAUUCACGCAGCACAGAGUUGAACUGUGGAACUCCCUCCCACAGGAGACAGUGAUGGCCAUCAACCUGGAUGGCUUUGAAAGAGGUUUAGACAAAUUCAUGGAGGAGAAGGCUUACCAAUAGCUACUAGUCAGCAGUGCUUCUGAAUGCCAAAAGCUGGGAACCACAGGAGGCGAGGGUGUGGCUCUCAUGCUUGUAUCCUGCUUGCAGCUUUCACAUCGUGGGCAUCUGGUUGGCCCCUGUGAGAACAAGAUGCUGGACUAGAAAGGCCACUGGCUUGAUCCAGAAGGCCCUUCUUGUGUUCUUAAGGGCUGAUGCUGUAACUGCGAGGCAGGAUUAGAAGCACAGAGCAAGUGACACACUGCUUUAAAUUUAGAAUAUGUUAAGACAGCAUGUUCUUCAAUGAGAUGUUGGCAUUCUGAGCAAAUGUAUUGCAGUGUAGGUUUGUGUUCAGGUGAUGGCUGGGGAGCUGAGUCCGUGGCUCUUCAAAACAGUUUUAAGUUUUAAUUUAUAUAUUUUGUAACUGUUGCUAUAUCUGUAUUGGGACGCAGGUGGUGCUGUGGGUUAAACCACAAAGCCUAGGACUUGCCGAUCAGAAGGUCGGUGGUUCGAAUCCCUGCGACGGGGUGAUCUCCCGUUGCUCGGUCCCUGCUCCUGCCAACCUAGCAGUUCAAAAGCACGUCAAAGUGCAAGUAGAUAAAUAGGUACCGCUCCAGCGGGAAGGUAAACGGCAUUUCCGUGCACUGCUCUGGUUUGCCAGAAGCGGCUUAGUCAUGCUGGCCACAUGACCCGGAAGCUGUACGCCGGCUCCCUCGGCCAAUACAGCGAGAUGAGCGCCGCAACCCCAGAGUCGGCCACGACUGGACCUAAUGGUCAGGGGUCCCUUUACCUUUAUAUCUGUAUUGCCCCUGUUAUACCUGAUUGCAAAUUCAAAUGUAUCCCUAUUGUGUUUUAUGACUUCCUUGAUAUUGUUUGUGGGCUGGAACUGGUCUGUGACCGAAAUAAUAAAUUUAAAAAGUGAAAAAUUAAUAAAUGGAAAAACAAAAGGAGCAGGAGACUAGGGCAGGCUACAGGGCUCUGAGUCUGAAUGUUGGUGAACCCCAUAUGAGUGCACUGCAACUCAACUAAAUUGAGGGGGAAAGGCAGGCAGCGCCAGCAGGAGACAGCUUUCGGCCGUUUGAUAGUCAAAGUGCAAGUUCUUUGGUGCAGAUCUUGGUGUUCUGUUUGUGCUCUUCAGGGAACUGUGGCUCUGCCUUCCUUCAGAUAGACGUGGGGCGAUCCUCCUGGCCUCUAGACCAGAGCUACCUCACUCUGUUGCCCACCACAGCCUUGAUGAUGCCCGCUGAUGCAAAGCUGGAUAAAAAUCGUUCUGCAGUCCGGAUGUUUAAAGAAGGUAAGAAGGUGGGCAUUCUUCAGCCCCCUGGAGCCCCCUGAGGACUGUAAAUGGCCUGGACUGUAUUUGCUCAGCAUCUCCCUCUCUGUGCCCCACAGGAGACUUCCUGGCUUCAGCUCUAAAUGAGAAGUGGGACCGUGUCAGACUCACUUGCAGCCAGCCCUUCAACAAGCGCACGCAGUUUGGUCUCUCCUUCAUCCGAAUCCGCACUCCACAGGACGUAGACGACAGCAAGCCAGGCCCAGUCUCUGGUCCUAGUCAGGUACAGAUCCAUGCGUCAUGGGUAGCUAUCCUGCAAUUUUACGCAAGCAUGGGGGCCAAAAUCCAGCAAGUAAAGAAUAUUGUUCACAAACCGGGUAUUAAGCUAGUGAAGUUGUUUGUGUAUAUAAAUAAAGAAAAUACUAAAACAAAAUGAAGUGUGCACAAGCUCCCCAUGUGUUUAUUUUUUUUCAAAUUAAAAUACAGUGGCGCCUCUGGUUAAGAACCUAAUUCGUUCCAGAGGUCUGUUCUUAACCUGAAGCUGUUCUUAACCUGAAGCACCACUUUAGCUAAUGGGGCCUCCCGCUGCCGCGCAAUUUCCGUUCUCAUCCUGAAGCAAAGUUCUUAACCCGAGGUACUAUUUCUGGGUUAGCGGAGUCUGUAACCUGAAGUGUCUGUAACCUGAGGUACCACUGUAAUUGGGAGGCUGCCAAUUCUGCUGUUUGUCUGCUCAAAGCCACUAUCUCCCCUAGGAAGUCCAUAAAAUUAUCCAUGGAGGAAGUGAAUAGAGAAAAUACUAGAACUAGAACUUUUUGACAGCUGAAGAUUCAGGGCAGAUGAAAGAAAGUGUUUUACGCAUCGCAUAGUUGAAUUACGGCACUCGUUCGCAGGAGGCAGUGAUUGCCACCUGCCUAGAUGGCUUCAAAGAUGGUUAGACCAAUUCGUGGGGUAUAAAGCUCUCAAUGGCUACUAGCCAUGGUAUGUUCCACUUCUACUGCCAGUGGCAGUAAGGCUUCUAAAUACCAGUUGCUGGGAAUUUCAGGAGCUGAGAGUCCUGUAGUGCUCAGGUCCUGCUUGCCGGGUUCCCACAGGGAUCUGGUUACAAGAAGAGAAUGCUGGGGUUUGGCCUGAUCCAGCAGGUGGUUCUUAUGUUCCCUGCAAUAUGAAAUCACUUGAGGGAUUUUUGAAGGUCUACUGUUCCUAGCAGCCACCAUUGUUCAGAAGCACAGUGACCUUGUUCUACCUUGCUUUGCCUGCCAGACGCUGGCAGGGAUGCCCUGCUUGUGAACAUCCCUGAGGCCUUUGAUUGGCAGGAUACUGAGCGAGGUGGGCUGCUGUUCUAGCCCAGAAUGGUCAUUCUUAUACUGAUGAGCAAAAUCUGUUGUUUUUUUGUAUUUGAGCUGAGCUAUAGAAGCGGGGGACAAAAGGAGUUUGUCUAGUAUCUUACACAGGACUUCCUCAGUUUGCUAAUUAUUGAUCUAAUUAUUGAUCUCUUAAAUGUUACCUCUCUCCUUUCAUCCUGUUUGUUGCCCACAGGCUCCUUCCGAGUCCAGCAGCAGCCCAUGGCUCUCCAAUGCGGCCUUCUGCAGGACUUUCUUCCCAGAGGCACCAUCGUAAGUACCUGCAUGUGUGCAUCCAUUUCUCGCACCCACCCACCUCUGGCACAGGGCCCCCAGAAGGAUGGACAGAAGGGAAUGCAGGCCUUAGCCUGAAACAAUGUUAGUUUGAAACUUCUGGAGGUCUUCAGGAUAAGGCUGGAGUGUCGUGAGUGUGCUUUAUGUUCAAUACAUUCCAUUUUGGGACAGGGCAGGUUGGAGCAAUAGAGAACAGACAGUCCUUUUCCAGUUUCUGACUGUUCUUGUGGUUCUUUUGCUCACGCUCGACUCUUGGUAGCAGCUUUGCUUACAGGAAGCUGGAGUCUUGGUUCUGCAGUGGCCUCUUGAGGAAGCAGCUGUUGGGUUUCUCUUUGCAGGAGCACCGAGCAGGAAGCGGCGCUAAAAAGCCGGCUGCAGCAGCUGGACCCAGCCUCCAGCCCUGGCACCUGUAUGAGCCGCCCAGCCAGGAUGGUGUUGCAGGGGGCCUGUGCCCGCAAAAGAGCCUUCCCCUGGUGCCUGGCCUCACCUCUCCUUCUGCAGAGAGCACAGAGGACGGGCAGAGCCAGCAGGAAGCUCAGGAGCCAGCUGUGUUGCGUGAGUAUUGGGGAUGCGCAGGGGGGUGGAGAGAUGGGGACACUUCUGUCUGCCGAUAAGCUACCCCUCCAAGCACUAACAUGGGGGCAGAUCCACAAGGGGGAAUUCAAACUAUGUUUGAUGUGUUGAGCUGGUCUUGUGAAUAUUCCAGCCCGUGUCAGAGAGAGUGGCUUGAGCACCCUGGGAUAGUGCCCGACAAAAUCUUAAAACCUUGGACUGACUAAGCCAGAUUCCUUUUUCAUUUCAUUUCAUUUUUUAUUUGCAUGCCGCCUUUCCACAGUUAAAAAAACAAUGCUCAAGGCGGCUUACAGCAUUACCUUUAAAGCCCUAAACGGCUUCAAAGGACCAGUAUACCUGAAGGAGCAUCUCCACCCCCAUCCUUCUGCCCGGACACUGAGGUCCAGCUCCGAGGGCCUUCUGGCGGUUCCCUCCCUGCGGGAAGUGAGGUUACAGGGAACCAGGCAGAGGGCCUUCUCGGUGGUGGCGCCCGCCCUGUGGAACGCCCUCCCUUCAGAUGUCAAAGAGAAAAAUAACUACCAAACUUUUAGAAGACCUCUAAAGGCAGCCCUGUUUAGGGAAGCUUUUAAUGUUUAAUAGGUUAUUGUAUUUUAGUGUUUUGUUGGAAGCCGCCCAGAGUGGCUGGGAAACCCAGGCAGAUGGGCGGGGUAUAAAUCAUAAAUUAUUAUUAUUAUAUAACAAGAUUUACAUAAUUACAAAAAUCGUAAACAAUAAAUAAACCACAUAAAAAAUGCACAACCAAAUGGGAAACCAUUCCCACAUAAAUCAACAUCUAAAACUAAGAAUACAGUACAGCGUUAAUAUCACAGUUUAAAAUGACAUAGGUAAAAAAUAACAGCAAUUUAAACAAAAACAAAACAAAACGAAGCCCUCUCUGCCCAGCGGCAGCAGCAGCAGUCCUUUAUAGAGCCCAUCAGGUGUUGAGUGGCAGGACUGGGGCUCUCAGGCGCUGAGCAGGGGAGUCCUGAUGGAUCUGUGCUGCUGAUUGGGGUUUUUUUUCCUGGAUCCUUAAUUGCGUCUAGAGGUGCAGGUGGCCUUGGUGGCAAAGAGUGCAUUCUACCAGAUUAGGCUUGUGGCCCAACUAUGACCCUCUCUGGACAGGGAUAGCUUGACUUCAGUUAUCAGGUGCACAGCCUGGGAGUGAUUUUGGACUCACAGCUGUCCAUGGAGGCGCAGGUCAAUUCUGUGCCCAAGGCAGCUGUCUACCAGCCCCAUCUGGUUCGCAGGAUGAGACCCUCCCUGCCCGCGGACUGUCUCACCAGAGUGGUGCAUGCUCUAGUUGUCUCCCGCUUGGACUACUGCCAUGCGCUCUACCUGGGACUACCUUUGAAGGUGACCCAGAAACUACAACUAAUCCAGAAUGCGGCAUCUAGACUGGUGACUGGGAGUGGCCACCGGGACCACCUAACACUGGUCCUGAAAGACCUACAUUGGCUCCCAGUACAUUUCCGAGCACAAUUCAAAGUAUUGGUGCUGAUCUUUCAAACCCUAAACGGCCUCAGUCCAGUAUACCUGAAGGAGCGUCUCCACCUCCACCAUUCUGCCCGGACACUAAGGUCCAGCGCUGAGGGCCUUCUGGCAGUUCCCUCGCUGUGAGAAGCCAAGUUACAGGGAACCAGGCAGAGGGCCUUCUUGGUGGUGGCUCCUGCCCUGUGGGACACCCUCCUACCAGAUGCCAAGGAAAUAGGCAGCUAUCUGACUUUUAGAAGUUAGCUCUUCCUCCUCAUCUCCAUCUUCGUGGGAAGAGCUUGUCGCAGACUGCGUCCACUGCCCCAUCUGCCAGUUCAGUUUCCCCGCUGCUGAGAUAGAGAGACACGCUAGCAACUGCGGGGAGCCGACUGAGGCCCUGGUGAACGGACCCUUCUGGUUUGGGGCAGAACAGGGCGAGUAGAUUGGGUGCAAGUGCCCCAGGGCAGGCGGCCUUCGCUGGUCAAGCCUUUAACCAUUCAGUCGCAAGUGUGGUGAUCAGCUGGGAUCAGGAUGUUGCCAGAACAAGGAGCCCACAAAGGACACACAGUGCUGCCACAGGGUUGGAAGUGAGACUAACGAGAAGAGAGUAAGGACUCCAGUAAUCGGGGCGAGGAACGUGUUAUUUGAGUUGCCGUGCCAGCACCUCUUACUCUCCCUCUGGUCUGAUUCUUCUCACCAACAUCCACACAUGCCAGAGCGCUGGGGCUCAUCCUGACUUGUUGCUGUAGUUCACAGUCAAGACUGUCGGAAAGAUUCCUCAGAAAGGCGACUUUCUUCCCCGCUCACCUUCUCCUCUCCCGCAAGGAAGCUGUGGGGCAGGCACUGCGCAGCCUAUACCGGUCUCUUUUCCGUACAGACCAGCUGCAUGAAAAACGAAGACUGAAUUAAAUGUUUGCAAGGCUUGCCAAACUCCUGUGCCCCCUGGCUGGGGCUGCUGGGAGCUGUAAGUUCUGCAACAUGUGGAGGCUGCAGGUUCAGGAUCAUUUGGACCAAGGGGCCAGUUCUAGGAAUGUGCCGGUGACAAUCUUUGUUGUUAAAAAUUGGGGGUUUUUUCCUGAAAAGUUGUGUUGUGUGUCACUGAAUGAACCGACUGUCCUUUUUUUUUGAAUUUUCCUCUGCACAUUCAUAGGCACCAAUAUUUCAAAGGGAACCCCUGGCCUGCACUACAAUUUAGUGGGGAGCUUUAUGGCAGGACAUGUGCAACCUCUCUUUCCGAUACUUUCUGUUGUUGCAGAAAUGCCCCACCGUAAUGGUAUCUUAGUGACCCACUGCUAUUAUUUGUGAGCUACCUCUUUAAAAGGAAAGAAAAGCGGCUGCCCUCAUUGCUCCGCCCACUUUUAGCUCUGGCCCCACCCACCACAGGAGUGCGGCCCUCAGAAUGUUGGCCAGAAGGGAAGGCGGUCCUUGGGGUGGAAACGGUCCCCCAGCCCUUCUCCAGUUGCCCCAGAUGGUCCAGGUUUAAUUCCAAAAUGCUGAAUGGCACUUUGGCUAUUCUCCUUGGUUCAUGUUUUGAAUGAUGUUCUGCUGUUGCGUCAGCAGAUCACUCCUGUUGUAUGCUGCCUGCAUCAACGACCAUGUGCUGUUGGGCUGGGUGCACUUGGACCUGCUCCUGCGUGGGAAGCCUGCAAACACUCUGUCUCCCAGCAAGUGUUAUUCAGAGGCACGGAGGCCACAGGCAGUAGCGAUCAAACCCAGCUGAUAUAGAAAAACCCCGCUCCUUUUCCCUUGUGGGGUAUCAAAAUGCGUCUACCCAGCUACUAUGCACAGUCAUAUAUUAGCUCCUAAAAGACCAGCAGAUUUUACAGAUAAGACACCGUUGUGGUUUCUCCUUGUUUCUGAUUUUUCUCUGCACUCUUGAAAAAUUGAGCCAACUCCCUUUAAAACCACGAGAAUCAAAAACGCUCAGAAUUUUACAACAAAGGCCUUUUGGUCAUGAGAAACGUGUAUGGUCUUUAGGAGACCUGCUUUAGUCCACCUUGGCACAGCAAAAUAUUUUAAGGCAAGAGGUAGAAUUUCAAUCCACCGGUGGACCAGGGCCAACUUCCGGAUUCUUGCAACAAGUGCUGGACUCUGAGGACUCCUCCAGCUAGCAAGCAUGUGCAUAUUUAGGAUCACCAGUCACACACUGAGUCAUGCUCCUUAAAGGUCAGCGGACCACUAAGGCCCCCUCUCGCACCGUAAAUUUAAGAUGCAGCUGGUGGAUCGCAGGGACGUGAAUAACAAAAAAACAGACCGAGCAUUAGCCCCACCCUGGCUGUACGUGGCAAGAGGUAGCCUGUGCCGGGGCUUACCUUACAGAGGGCAAAAGGACAAGCAAGGAGGAAAGAGCAGGCAAGAGCAAUCAUGACUUAAGCAGCUGCUUGCAACACGAGGCGGCAGGCAGAGCAGAUCUUGCUGUUUACUGCCACACGGAGGAAAGUGGGCCAACUCCCUCACCAACUCAGCUAACGAAGAAGGCUGAUCCUGCAGCAGGAGUCUCUUUGCCCAGCUAACAAGCAGGGCAGGAAAACAACCUUUUCCAUGCAAGAGGGAAAGAAGCCCAGCUAUACACCCGCUCAUCAGAUCUCUUAAUGUCAAAUGAGAAGCUCUGAGGUGUCUGCAGUUAUCUUUGAAGGUGCCGGAAGUGACUGCCAGCAACCUACUCAACCUACUCAAGUAAACACGGUUUCUUGCUCAGAGGGACACAUUGACAUGGGCUUCCCCCACAUUGCUGUAGGUGCCCCAUAGUGCCAACAUUGGAGGCAGCCGCACACGGGUCCUGCCCACAUGCCCAGGGCUCGCCUGUGCACUGCCACUGCCAUGGAUCCUCGUGCACCAAUGUUCCUUGUGUAGUAAAAGUACAGCAGAAUUAUUAUCUAUCAGCAACUCCAUCUGCAGGCAGAAAUGAGGAGAAAAGCACUGCAUGACUCUGCUUCCUUCCCUGUCUAACCCCAGCUCCUCUUAUUGCAGUUUGCUGACCUCUGUCUUCCUAUUAGCCCCCAAAUUACUGGAAUAUCCAAGUAUUAACAGCUUGAUUUUACAGUUUUAACUUGCUUUUAUUUUGUAUUGCAUCUUUGUAAGCUGCGUAGCCUACUGCAGUUACACAGUAUACAAAUCAUAUUAAAAAAUACUUCCGAUAUGAGAGGCAGCCAGUGAUGGCUGGUGCCUGCUGGGCCUGGUGAGGCGGAAGGCCGGGAGGCAAGCAGUAGGCAAAGCCUAUGCCAACGGCUUCUAGUUUUGUCUCCAUCCUGCUGAGUUCAUCAAGGGCGACACCGAGGCAGAGGAGGAGGAAGCUGGUAGGCAGGGCCACCUGUUGGACUGUUGUAAGAAGGCACGUGAAGGUUGGCGGAGGGCAGACUGAGGUAGGUGGGGCAAUGCCCCAUUUUCCCUACUGGGCUGGCUCCACUAGAGGUCUGGUGUCUUUCUGAAUACCAGCCACUGGGGAAUCCAAGUAGAGGAAAGUGCUGCUGCUUUCAUGUCCUGCCUCUGGGCUUCCCAUUGCAGGGAGAAAGAUUUUGUCUUUUUUUCUAUUGUGAUUUUAUGUUGUGAACUGCCCUGAGACCUAUGGGUACAGGGCAGUAUACAAAUUCAAUUAAUAAUAAUAAUAUAAUACAAUUGAUGAUGACCUAGAUGGACGCCCUUUGGUCUGAUCUAGCAACAAGGCCCUUUUAAGGUUCUUUCUUUGUCACUCCUCCCCUGCCUCUGUGACAUUUUUAACACUGCAUGUUCCUCGGGGCAGGGACCUGUUUCUCUGCUUAUGCUGUAUGUUGAAGCCCCACUCAUUGGUAAUCACACUAUAUGUGCAACAGCAACUGUAGCAGCAGCAAAAAGGUGUGAUUACCCUGGGUAUUGGGAAAGGAAUGUGACACUGGAUUUAAAACAAGAGAAUUAUAGAGUUGGAAGGGACUCAGAGGAUCCUAGUAGCUCAACCCCCAGGAAUGAAGGAAUCACAGCUAAUUUCAUAGCAAACCUGGAGCUCUGUGUCCUGUUCUGGGCACCCUGGUUUAAGAAGGAUAUUGACAAGCUGUGUGCAGAGGAGAGUGACCAAGAGGAACAAGGGUCUGGAAACCAAGCCUGAUGAGGAACGGUUGAAAAAGCUGGGCAUGUUUAGCCUGUAAAAGAUAAGACUGAGAGGAGAUAGAAAAGCCGUCUUCAAAUAUCUCAAGGGCUGUCACAUGGAUAUACCGUAUUUUUCGCUCUAUAAGACGCACCAGACCACAAGACGCACCUAGUUUUUGGAGGAGGAAAACAAGAAAAAAAAUAUUCUGAAUCUCAGAAGCCAGAACAGCAAGAGGGGUCACUGUGCAGUGAAAGCAGCAAUCCCUCUUGCUGUUCUGGCUUCUGGGAUAGCUGCGCAGCCUGCAUUCGCUCCAUAAGACGCACACACAUUUCCCUUACUUUUUAGGAGGGGAAAAGUGAGUCUUAUAGAGCAAAAAAUACAGUAAUAGUUUAUUUGUACCCCACCCAUCUGACUGGGUUGCCCCAGCCACUCUGGGGGCUUCCAGCACAUAUAAAAACACAGUAUGUGCUUGAAGUUCUGUCUUCUGGGAACAAGCUUGUUUUCUACUGUUUCAGAGGCUAGGACCGAAAGCAAUGGCUUCAAGUUGCAAGAAAGGAGAUUCCGACUAAAUUUCCGAUGGUAAGAGCUGUUCAGCAGCGGAACGGACUCCCUCAGAAGGUGGCGGAAGCAGAGGUUGGAUGCUGUCAUGGAUGCUUUUGCUGAGAUUCCUGCCUUGCAGUGGGUUGGACUAGAUGACUUGCAGGGGUCCCAUUCCGACUCUAUGAUUCUUUGGUCUGAGAGGAGGGACGGGGAGAGAGGGAGAGAUGGCAAAGUCUCGGGGUCCCUGGGCGACCUUGGGCUGGCCGCAGCCCAGCCUACCUGGCAGGACUGUUGUGAAGGCCAAUUGAGAUUGGCCCGGGGGAGGAAUGGAGCUGGGGGAGUGGGGGCGAGGGGGAUACGUGGAUCCCUCUGAGGAAGGGGAGAGGAUUUUGUCUGUCAGGGGAAGGAAAUGCAAUGGAGAAACCAAAAGGGAUAAGGUGCUACCACUAAAAUAAAAUAAAAUAAAAUAAAAUAAAAUAAGGGUUUAACCUAAGAAGCGGGUGGAGGUUAAACCGAGCAUUAAGUGGCAAAGGCUGAGGUCCCCUGAGAUUAUAUUUAAUUAAGAAAAAUGACAAUGAUGCUGUUAAUGAUGUGGCAACAGUAAUAAUAGUAUUAAUAGCAAUAAUCCUACCGGCGGUUAGGAUGCUGCCCCUCCCCCUCCGGAGCCCCCCAACCUCCGCCCCACACCCCUCCCCCCACAUAGGCCCCUCCCCCCCGCCGCCGUGGGGCAGCAAGCCCCGCCCUCACCUCCUCCACGUCGCGGUCCAGGGGGCCCCCAACCUCCACUUCCACCACCGCCGCCAUCUUGCCCCCUCUCCCUCCCGCCAGCGCCGCGGCCAGGUGGCCCGCUCGCUUCCGCCGGAGCCCGCCAAUCGCCGCUCACUGCCGGUUCCCGCUCGGCCAAUCGCCCGGCGCGCGAGUCGCCGCCGGAGGGGCCGAUUGGAGGAGGCGGGUCUGGGGGGCGGGGCCGAGCUGGCCGAUGGAGCCUGUCAAAGCGGACGAGGGAGCGUCCGACAUGUGACAGCUUCGUAAGCGGGCGCAAAAUGUCCUGUCUGGCCGACAAGGCGCUCAGGGACCGAGUCCCGGCAGGCUGCGUUUUCACAGGCAUUUUCUGGCAACCGCCGCAACAGACUUCACGGGAUGGCCGGGUACUUUCUGCGCUUCUCACGCCAGCAGGGAAUUGAGGGACGCUCCCUGGCGUCUGCCCCGCCCCUUGAAUCCAGCUGCGCGCGGCGCUUUCGAGGCCGGCGGGAGGAAGGACUACGGUUCCCAGCAUGCUUUGCGGCCUCUCCUGUCAGCGUUCCUUGUUUUAAAAAAAUAAGGAACAAAUUUAGCGUCGUGAUUCGAAACGAAGGUGGCUCUGCCAUGUAGUAGAAAGCAUUUAUAUAUUUAUUUUAAAAACUUUUUUUUAAAAAACCAGUCCGUUAACGAUCGACCUCGGUGACGUCACGAGGAGAGACGAGCAGCCAGCCAAUCAGCGUCGAGGGUCAAGGGGCGGGCAGUAUUGGCGGGAGAUUGAGAAACCCCGGGAAACUAAGGAAGGCGCUCCCGGGAUCCCGGGGGAGAGAUCUCUCUCAGGUACCUCAUUUGCAUAUGUUAAUUCCCGAGAAAGAGGUAAGUGCUGCAAUCCCGGCUGUAUAUUUCUACUUUUUGUAUAUUUUAGUUUUUGUCGUUUAGUUUUGGUUAUUGUUUUUUCUGGUCUUGUCUCCUCCCCUUUUUUUCUUUUUAAGUGCUAUUUUAUUUAUCUGAGAUCCCUAAAUAUUUUUACUAUGCACUUUGUAACAUUUAUCUUAGUCUAAUAAUGAUGAUAAUUUAUUAUUUCUACCCCGCCCAUCUGGUUUCCCCAGCCACUCUGGGCGGCUUCCAACAGAAUAUUAAAAUACAAUAACCUAUUAAACAUUAAAAGCUUCCCUAAAAAGGGCUGCCUUCAGAUGUCUUCUAAAAGUCUGGUAGUUGUUGUUCUCUUUGACAUCUGGUGGGAGGCCGUUCCACAGGGAGGGAGCCACCACUGAGAAGGCCCUCUGCCUGAUUCCCUGUAACUUGGCUUCUCGCAGCGAGAAUGUAAUGUAUAUGUAAUGUAAGACCAAUUUAUCCUUUUUAAGUUUGCUGUGUAAAAUUAUUUGGGGGGAAAUCAUUCACUCAUUUUGUUUUGUUUUGUUUUGGCUGCUGGGGGCAGGGCUUUCCUGUGAGUCAGGAACCAGAUAUAUAAAGCUCUUCCUCCUCCCUCCGCUCAGACACCCCCCUUGCGAAGAGGAUGUCUUCAGCCACAGGUAGGGAGCCAGCCUUCUCCACCGCCUCUGCCAAGGCUUCUUAGCCACACUCUCUGCAGCCUCAGUGGCGCCAUCUGCGCCCACACAGACGUGCCCCUUCAGUGGCACCGAAAAGAGGGAGGAAGCAGCUGAGGGUCCAAGGGGAACUUUCCCUCUUGCUUGAAGUGUAACUGUACACUUGAAACCGAGGCUGCGCACCUUCAAAGCCCAACUUCCCUGAAGAAUCCUGGGAACUGUGGUUUGCAAAGGGUGCUGGGAACUGUAGUUCUGUGAGGGAAACCAAGCCUUGUGAGGAACAGUUGAGGGAGCUGGGGAUGCUGAGGCUGGAAUGGAGGAGACGGAGAGGAGGCAGGAGAGCCAUCUUCAAACGCCUUCCAGGGGGAAGAUGGAGCAAGCUAGAUUUCUGCUCCUCUGGAGGGAAGGAUCCGAACCAAGGGAUCCAAAUGGCAAGGAAGGAGAUUCCGACUCAGCAGCAGGAAGCAACUUCUGACAGGAAGAGAUGUUCAGCAGUGGGAGGUGGGUCUCGGUCAGGGAUUCUUGAGCUGUUCAUUCCUGCACACCCUCCAAGAGUCCUUAUUUUCCAGGGAGGUCCCUGAUUUAGAGAAGCCGUCCUGGUUUCUGAUUUGAUCCUCUGCGGAGUGUCCCACUUUUCCUUAGGAUGUCUCUAUUUUCAUUGGAGGAAUGUUGGAGCUCUUCAGACACCCCCCUUGCGAAGAGGAUGUACAGUGGACGCUCGGGUUGCGAACGUGAUCCGCGCGGGAUGCACGUUCGCAACCCGCAGUGUUCGCAACCCACGUCUGCGGAUGCGUAGGUUGCUAUUCGGCACUUCUGCACAUGCGCAAAACACGAUUUAGCACUUCUGCACGUGCGUGACCGCCGGAACUCGUAACCCGUUCUGGUACUUCUGGGUUUCGGCAGUCCGCAACCCAAAAAAAAGCAACCUGAAGGGUCUGUAACCCGAGGUAUGACCGUAUUUAGUGCAGUUAUUACAUUGUUAUUGUGCCUCCUCCUUUAAUCCCCGCCACAACCGCCCUGCGAGGUAGGACAGGGCCGAGAGGAGGCCGUGGUCUUCUUCCCACUCCACCCGCCCCAGGGUUGCAACAUUGAGCUCUGUGGCCGAGAGGGAGGGGAGGAUUUGAGCGCCCCCCCCCCAGGUUGGGGGUGAAUUGUGGCUGGGCUGCGUCCUCACCUACGGAACAGAAGCGAAGGCCCCGGGCAUCUCAUCCCGAGGGAGCAAGAAGUGGAAAAGAAAAAAAAGAAACCCAUCUCUCCUCCCCCCAAACCAGGUGGGACUCACGAUGGGAAAGCGCCAUAAGCGGAAAUGA